UUCUGGGUUAGUGUUGUCUUUGAUUUGAUUUCAAGAAUCCAAUCUGGGUUUGUUUUUGACAUUCUUUUCCGAUCUGGGUUUGAUCGAAUCUUUACAGAAAUUGAAACAUUCAUCAUCAUAAUCAAUGGCGGAUACCUCUAGACCAAUUCCAUUGCCUCCUUCAUCUGUUCCAAAAUUAUGUUCAUUCAUUAACAACAGAUCAAACUUACAAAGUGUUCAAACCAGAGGUUUAUUGGAUCGAAUGUUUGAUGAAGCUUAUAGGGCAGAUGUUUCGAUUCAAACAGAUAACGAUGGAUUAAUCCUUGCUCAUGCUAGCGUUCUUGGAAUGUCCUCCCCUGUUUUGAAAGCCAUGUUGAAGAACACUAAACCUAAUGAUCGUCGUCAUCAUCGAUCCAUAUCAAUCCGUGGCGUUCCUCAUGAGGCUGUUCGAGUUUUCGUUCGAUUUCUCUAUUCAUCGUGGCAAGAACCGAGCGAAAUCAAGGAAAACGCGUUACCUUUGUUGGUUCUUUCGCACAAAUACGCGGUUCCUGAGUUGAAACGCGUAUGCGAAAGACAAUUAGAGAUUGGGAGGAUGCUAACGAUGGAGAACGUUAUAGACAUUUUGCAGCUCGCACUAUUAUGCGACGCUCCUCGUCUAAGCCUUAUAUGUCAUCGUUUCGUAGCUCAAAAUCUGAAAGCAGUUUCGGUAACCGAUGGUUGGAUGGUGAUGAAAGAAAGUCAUCCAAUUCUAGAAAACCAACUUAAGCAAUCAAUACGUCAUGAAGAAUUGAAACAAAACGAAAAGAAGAGAAGGAUAGACGAGAGGAAAGUGUAUGCCGAGUUGUAUGAAGCUAUGGAAGCUCUUGUGCAUAUAUGUAGAGAAGGACGACUAAGAACAACGAUAGGAUCACACGACAAGAAGGAUUUAAAAAACGAUCAGCAGCCAAGUGGUCAUGUUUCGUCUUGUAAGGUGUUAGAACUGUUAGUACGACAUUUCGCCGGUUGCAAGUUAAGAGUGGGCGGCGGUUGUAUUCGUUGCAAGAAAAUGUGGCAACUCUUGGAAUUGCAUUCCCAUCUAUGCGCCGAAUCGAAUGCGUGCGUAGUCCCUUUGUGCAGGAAUUUCAAGCAAAAAAGAGUAAUAAUGGAUCAAAAGAAGAAGGACGAGAUCAAAUGGAGAAUUUUGGUGAGGAAGAUCAUAAGAACAAAGAGUAUAACAGGAGCACCAUUCUUUCAAUACGUUUGAAUUUGAACGUGAAGAAAUAAAUAAGCAAAGUUCUUGCAAUAUAUUUAUAUUUUUUUGAAAGCAUUUGGGUGAGUUGGCUAUUGUAUUUGAGUUCUUGAUUUGAUAUAUUAUAUAUUUUUUUGGUUAGAUAUAUCAAUAUAGAAACUCUAGAAUAUGAUGUAUAGAUUUCUUUCAAAAGAAUUCAUUCCAAGAAAAUUUGAUUUUUCCUACACUUACU